AAAAAUGGGCCUGAAAAAAGAAUACCUUCGAUAUGGACGUUCAGCAAGAGAUCGUAUAUUUGGUUGGCUGGGGGUGCCACCACCUGUUGCAAAUGAUUUCAAUCGUAACGUGGCCACAAAUACAAAUGCGACAACAGGUUCAACGGGCAGUGUAGGUUCUCAACAAACUGCAGGCCAUGCGGGCACAACAUCAACGUCUUCACGCACCCACAGUCGUUCACAUCCAUUUAUGCGCAGUCGAGCCACACCAUUGUCAAUGUUGAUAUCACAAGGAGCUAAACUUAGUAAUAAUAAACUAGCUGUGAUAAUUUUUGGUAUAAUUACAUUAAUUUUAGGAAUACUUUUAACCACCAUACCAUGGCUGGAUUAUUUUAUAUUAAAGAAUUUAAGGCUGUGGAAUGAUACAUUAAGUUAUCAUUAUUGGCAGAGACCCGGUGUGAUACGUUUAACCAAGGUCUACAUAUACAAUGUCACAAAUCCAGAUGGUUUUUUACAGGGUGAAAAACCAAAAUUGCAAGAGGUGGGACCUUUUGUUUACAGGGAGGACAUGCAAAAGGUGAAUGUCAGAUUCCAUGAUAAUUUUACGGUGUCAUAUCAGCAUAAGAAAAUCUUAGAAUUUGUUCCUGAACUGAGUAUAGAUAAGAAUACACAAAUAAUAACACCUAAUAUACCUCUAUUGACUCUCACCAGCUUAAGUCCAAAAUUAGGCUAUGUACUCUCAAAAACGAUAUCUGUCAUACUAACAGCAGCAAAAUUUAAACCAUUCAUAAAUAUAACGGCAGACCAGCUGGUGUUUGGUUAUGAUGAUCCAUUAGUAUCGCUGGCGCAUAAAUUCUAUCCGAAACAUUUAAGGCCGGGAGAACGAAUGGGUUUAUUAUUGGCGCGUAAUGGCACUUUAUCAGAAGUAUCUACUAUUAAAACCGGACAAGAUGAUAUGAAUGAAUUUGGUUACAUAGAUCGUUUAAAUGGUUUAGAUCAUUUGCCGCACUGGCAGCAGCCGCCUUGUACUAGUAUUAAAGGAUCGGAGGGCUCGUUUUUUCCACCGCGUGAUAUUACCAAAUCAGAUAUGUUGUAUGUGUAUGAUAAGGAUUUGUGUAGAGUUAUACCGUUACAGUAUGAAAAGGGGGUGACGAAAGAUGGUAUUAAUGCCGAUUUGUAUAAACUGCCGGAGACGUCUUAUGGCGAUGCUAAAAACCGUCCUGAAAAUCAAUGUUUCGAUACCAGAGAUUAUGAUGCAGUCAAGGGUUUACAAAACAUAAGUCCCUGCCAGUAUGGAGCACCCGUAUAUCUGUCCAAUCCUCAUUUUUAUCAAGCCGAUAGCAGUUUAUUGGAAUCGGUAGAGGGUUUGACACCCAAUAAAUCACAGCAUGAAACCUAUUUUAAAAUACAACCGAAACUUGGUGUACCUUUGGAGGGCAAAGUGCGCAUACAAUUGAAUCUGAAAGUUACCCAGGCACGUGAUGUUUAUCCGGUUAAAAACUUUCGCAGCUUUGUGUUCCCUGUCAUGUGGCUGGAAGAGGGCAUUUCCGAUUUAACGCCCGCCAUCAGAAGAUGGAUUUAUGUGGCCACUGUUUUUGCCCCCACCAUAAUACCUAUUUGCUCUUACCUCAUGAUAGUGGGCGGAGCAUUUGCCAUAGUCUUUAUAUUCCUGCGUGCCUAUCAAAAUUACGUAUUUGCACGCGAUCCCACUCUUGAGAUACUCGAAAUGGGCAGACACUCUCUAAGGCGUGGCAGUAGCUUUAUUGCUCAUCACCAGCACAAAUUUAUGCAUCGUGAGUCUUACACAUUACUCAAGGCAAUGCCCGCGUCCUAUGGCGACGAUCGGGAGGAUUCCCUGCCUAUAAUGAUCACACACAACGAUUCGUCAUAGUAUUUGUAAAUAGUUAUAUUUUAGGAUUAAGCCCUGGGCCAAGGCGAAUUUAUACAAAUUGAAAACAGUGGCGAAUUCAGGCUAAAUCGAAACAAAUUAUUAAGUUUUUGUGAAUGCCAAAGAAAAUUAAUGAAUUCCUCGAAUUUGCCGGAAUUCGCCUCAGCCUCCUCCACUUUGUUUAAAUACGCCUUGUCUUACACAUUUUAGGUUAUUUUUUUAAACAAUUUUCCAUAGUAAUUUAAGUGCAAUUUUUGUUAGACGAAAACAAAGUAUCAGUAGAAGCAGAAUAUGCUAAAGCAGUAGAUAAAGAAAGAAAGAAACAAAACAACAAAUUGUGAUUUAAUUUUAA